AUGACACGGGACCUAACACCUAUUGUCGUAAAUCUCGACAUUGGGGACACCAACAGGACCAUAGUAAUUGCGUCAGCAUAUUUUGCUGGAGAUGGGCCUAUGACACCACCAGCAGAAGUGCAAGAGCUGAUUCAAUACUGUAGCAGAUUGCGUCUACCACUCCUUCUAGGCUGCGACGCAAAUGCUCACCAUAUCACAUGGGGAAGCACAGAUAUUAACUUUAGAGGUGAGUGUCUGCUUGAAUAUCUAACGACAACCGAUCUCGAGGUUCUGAAUGUGGGAACUACACCAACAUUCGUAACUAAAUCAAGAUCGGAAGUAUUAGAUAUUACUUUAGUCAGCUCCAGUCUCAGAGACCACAUCAAGGACUGGAGAGUAUCAGCUGAACCAUCACUGUGCGACCACAGGAUUAUCGAAUUCAAGCUGGACAGCAUUAAAUACAAUCGACCCGAAAGGAGGGUCCCAGGAAAAACAGACUGGGAAUUAUACAACACCAAUCUGGAAAACAACUUAAAUUAUCUAAGCUUAAAUGGGAAACCGCACCAUCUAGACUUAGAGCAGGACUCACAAGCUGUCACACGUGCAAUAAAUGAGGCGUUCGACUCAAGUUGCCCAGUGACCAGUGAGAGACCCGUUAAAGACGCCCCGUGGUGGAAUACACACCUGUCAAAACUAAGGUCAAAAGUGCGUCAUCUUUUCAAUACAGCGAAAAGAGACGGUAACUGA